UUGACUCUUUUACAGUACCAGAGGAAAGGUUACUCGUAGACUUUACAAGAAGCGGGGUUCUUUUUCUAUCCAGAGAAACCAACAGAAAAUGGCCAUUGCAGCGGCUGCUAUAGGGGUAGCAAAAGCACCAUCAUCAAUUGCCUUGUUUUCUAGACAAAGAACCAAAGGUGGAAUUUUCAUUCUCAAAUCCUCAUUCUCAGCACAAGCAAAUCCUACUAAGAAACUCAUUCUCUAUAGCAAGCCUGGUUGCUGUUUGUGUGAUGGUCUCAAAGAAAAGCUCCAAGCUGCAUUCAUUCUCAGCGGUCCUGAUUCUCUUCAUGAUGUUCAAUUACAGGUAAGGGACAUUACUACUAAUCCCCAGUGGGAAAAUGCAUACCAAUAUGAAAUACCGGUCCUAGCUAGGGUUCGCUUUGAUGGAACUGAGGAGACACUUCCAAGAUUAUCUCCUCGUCUAGGAGUGGAGCUUGUACAAAAGAAACUUGCCGCCUUACUGAGACAAGAAUAGUUGGUCCAUUUGAGUUCCAUAAUGUAAGUAAUUGUCAUCCAGUUGAGCAUCACAACUGAUAAUAGCCCUUGUAAGACAGCUGCUUGAUGUGUCUCUUCUUGCAAAAUCCACGCAUAGUUCUACUCUGAUUUGUUACAGUACCAACUAUUUCAUUUUCUUUCCUGCAAUACUAUAAAACUAUUUAUUGGGUCGUUAAGAAUCCGUACUUA